AUGUUUUUCAAUUCCUUCUACCUCGGGAAUGAUGACGCUACGUAUCCAGACGGCACAGCAUUGAUGCAAUUGUGUAAUCCUGACAAUUUUGACAAUCUAUAUAUACGUCUGCUACAUCCAAACGGCACGUUGACAAAACUUACUUUUUAUGAUACUGGCUCGUACAUCAUGCAGUAUGCUUACCCGCUUAACGACGGAUAUGCGCUUAUAAUUCAGAUAAAAGACAGUGCCAAUCACGUUUAUGGAAAGUUGGUUGAUUGGAGCGGGCAGGAGUUGCAACGUGACGUAAUACUUGCUGAUAUUCCUAUCACCUUUAAUUUGACACCAAUUGCAACAGCUAAUGUCAACCCGAAUAAAGGUUUUCUUGUUGCAACUGCGGGUGAGAAUGUAGUUUUAUGGAAAGUCUUUAGUGCACCCAACAGCUCGCGUCAAAUAACCCAAUUAUACGAAGGCAUUCUCACAGGAAAUGAUGACAAAAUUCUGCAAGAUUACGUAGUCUUUCCCACUACAGAAGGCGGUUAUGGCAUGGCUCUUUUAAAAAGGGUAUCAACGUUCACUCAGGAUCCACUCAUCUCUAAAGUAUUCCACUCUUCUCCGCAAUGGUUUUUAUAUGUUACAUUCUGGCAACCUGAUACUACGCAGUUCGAUACACCGCAUCUAGUCUGGCAAAACACAAACAUACUCAGUCCCUUGUUUAUAAUCGGAUGCGAAGUGGCUGUCUCCGGAACAGGAUACUUUUGUAUUAUACGGGUCCCUUCUACAACUCUUUAUGAUUUUGAUUAUGUGAGGGUGGCAUUCCUAUCUAGUGGCUCUGUGACUGAUGUCAACGCGAUAUUGGAAGAACCGCCACAUGGUCUAACCGGAGUAUCUGCAAUACGGCAGCUGCCAUAUGGCGGAUUUGUGUCUUUUAUUCCCUCUAUAACAGCUACCACGACAGGUCUUCUGAGGUUGACACCUGAAGGAACGACGUUAUUUGAACACUUAUCUACUGAUGAUAAGAACGCUUUCUUCGACUCUAUGGUUGCAAAGCUUGCCGAGCUCGUCCCCAUUGAUCCGUCACGUAUAACCACCAACAAACACAACCAACCUGAUCCCAAUGCACCAGCUCAUCAGAUAUUGUUUUCAGUCACUCUCAAGUCGUCUGACGAUAUGUCACAGCGAACGGUGCAGCAGAUUAUUGAUGACUUUGAUGAGCUAAUCAAGAAUAAAGCUUAUAAUUCGUUUUCGCGAGAGUAUCUUACUAGCUACCUAGAUGAAGCAUUUGGGUUUUUGCCUGCUGCCAAUUUAUGGGAUGCUUACAAAUUUAAAUUCAUUGGAGUGCUUAUUAGUCUCUUGGUAUUAUUAAUAAUAUGCUUUUUCGCAAGACAAAAGUAUCCAGAAGGUCAAAGUUUUGUUGUCAUAAAAUUUGCACUAAUACUCGCAGACUUGAGUCUUGAUAUAGCAUUUGUACUGUCAAGUGCAAAGAACGUUCCACAGAUACAUAUACCAAGGUAUUACUCAUUUGGUUUAUGA